CCCCCCUCCUCUUCCUAUUAAUUAUUAUACAGUUCUUCAUAGUUUGGAGCGUUCCAUUUUUCUCCUCUCAGGUGCGUUUCCGGGUCUCGCUCUUCUUCCCUUUCUCUUGCCGGUCCUCUCGAUCGGCGGUGGUGGCGGCCGCCGAGUGACGAGACAGCCGCGGAGGAUCGCCUUCUCCAACAAGAAGGGGAGGCGAGAAGGCGGAGCCCACGAAACCCAACUGUCUUACUCACUGACGUUAGCAAUCUCAAGCUUAUUAUUCUUUGUUCCCGACAACAAAGUCUUCUCUCUCCAUUUGUACAUGCGCGCUUGUGAAGGGCGAUCUCUGCUUCCUUCUUUGCUGGGGUUCCUUUCUGGUCUUGGAUCGAAUUCGCCUCCGAGAUCGGGACAAAUCUGAUCCGCGUCGCGUUGAUCGGGUUAUGUGGAGAACAAGUUGUUGGAUCGUCGGUUGCCCGUCAUGACGCUCUACAUUACUCGCGAGGCUUCCAAGCUAUGGAGGAAGGUUUGCGUGGAGACAUCCGUGGAGCUUCAACUUCUCGUGGAGAAGUGGAAGCUUCUGCUCGCCGGACUCGUAUUCCAGUAUAUUCAUGGGCUCUCUGCUCGAGGAGUUCAUUAUCUACAUCAACCUGGACCAACUCUUCAAGAUCUUGGGUUUAUGAUCCUUCCGGAACUUGGAAAAGAAAGAGGCUAUAUCAGUGAAAGUCUAUUCACCUUCGUCUUUUUGUCCUUUGUACUGUGGACAUUUUAUCCUUUUGUUUAUCAUAGCAAGCGCUUCUACACUGUUCUGCUUUGGCGGAGAGUUUUGGCAUUUCUAGUUGCUUGUCAAGUGUUGCGGAUCAUUACGUUCUACUCUACCCAGCUUCCUGGUCCUAACUAUCAUUGUCGUGAGGGAUCAAAGCUUGCCAAACUGCCCCCACCAGAGAGUGUAACUGAAGUGCUUCUAAUUAACUUUCCUCGUGGAGUCAUAUAUGGCUGUGGUGAUCUUAUUUUUUCAUCCCACAUGAUAUUUACACUGGUGUUUGUGCUUACAUACCAUAAAUAUGGUUCUAAAAGAUUCAUUAAGCUUCUUGCUUGGGUUACUGCUAUCAUUCAGAGUCUGCUUAUAGUAGCUUCCCGGAAGCAUUACACAGUAGACAUAGUCGUUGCAUGGUAUACAGUGAAUUUAGUGGUAUUCUUCAUUGACAAGAAACUACCAGAAAUGCCCGAUCGUUCUAGUGGAUCACAACCAUUGCUACUGCUGAGUGUUAAAGAGAAAGAAGGAAACUCUAGAGAAGAGAACCUCAAGUUAUUGAAUGGAAAUUCAGUGGAUACUGCUGAUUGGAGGCAGAGAAUGCAAACUAAUGGCAAUCAUGGAGAAGAAUCCAUCCACAUCCGUUCUGAAUCUGCAGCUAAUGGUAAAUAGAUGAUAUCGGACAUCACUGUUUCGGCUGCAUAUUCCACAGAGGGGAUUCCAAAAUGGAUGGUGCCUCUAAGUCUCUUCAAAUCAAAGGCCUACUUCGAAGUCGGCACAUCAUAUUGAUGACUAUACAAGUAAUUGAAAUUGUGCCUGGGCACACAACCAUUUUGCUCUUACAUCAUAAAAUGUUCAUAUGUAUUAUUUCCUUC